AUGGCUAGAAGCCAGGCGCCACGACUGAUGGCCCCUACAUCAUGGAUCACAAUUCAGAUACCCGUUGAUAAAAAUAUCUCAGAUAGCAAAUCGGAGGAAGGAAAGAAGUGGCUUGAAAUCAUUAAACCGCUUACAAAGGAUUCACAGCCAGAUUUCGAACACGGAGUAUGGGGUCGAUUGAUUGAACGACCUGAAGAAGUUUGGCUCGUUACUAGUUGGGAAACGUUUGAAGCUUUGCAAAAAUUUGAGGAAUCAGAUGUAUAUGAAGGACAAUUGAAAGCAAUGAGAGAGCUUUCAGAGGGAAAAGAACCAAUCAUUACGCAUGCUCGACUAUCAGGCGACUUCUGGAUCAUGUUGACUGAUUAUACUGGGGUUACGGAUGUUUAUUUUCCAGAGGACAUAGAAGACGACGAGAAGAAGAGGAUUCAUGACUUGAAGGGGUUAACUUACUUCUUUGCGCCCGGAAAGAAGUCAGGUAAAAGUGCAUACAACGGAAAGUCAAUCAAAGGCUGGAUAAGUGAGCCCGUUGAGUUUAAGGAGAAUCAAACCAGGGUCAUGAGGUAUCUGCAUUACUGGAACAGUAAAGAAGGGAAAGAAGAAUUCAAAGCAGAAGCUGGAUUUGUCACCGAAGCUGGAGAAUCGAAGAACAUAUUCAGUGAGUGGGUGGCAGGCCUAAAAGAUGAGGGGAUGCUGGGGAUGGAAGAAGUGCAUUGCAAAUUUGAUACUAUUCCUUGGAAGUUCUGGGACUAUACGUCUGAAGAGGAGAGAGACAUGGCGGAAAUGGAUGCAGAGGAGUAG